AUGAAAAAAGCUGAAACAAUUGAUAACGUAUAUGAUCAUAAUGGAUUCACUUAUUUAGUGGGUCAAUUUCAAUUCUACGGUGAUGAACCUCCUGCAAUCCGCACGAACUACAUCGACUAUUACACCUUAGGUGUGUCAUCGGUUAGGAUUUCCGACACGAAGCUUAAGAUUGAACUGCAAUAUUUCUCUGCCCCUACGAACACCUGUGUUCAAACGUAUUUACCUUCUUACUCGAAUAUCUAUUGCUACCUUCAUUUCUAUGGUGGCGACAACAGCAAUAGCAAUAGCAAUAGCAUGAGCAGCAGUAGUUCAUUGGAUGAUCUUUAUACUCCACCCUAUGAACACAAAGCAAAACCAGAGAUACCCACUGUAUACAUAGUACUCUCUUCAACAUCUUCAUUUGUUUCGCUGAUUAUAGCGUUUAUCGUGAUACAACAGUAUCGGGAUCUCUCACAAUACAGUUUGAUAUCGAUCCAUAAUGAUACGGCAGACGAUGAAGAUGAAGAAGACGUCGAAGAACCAUACAACUUUAGGGCGCAUGACGAAGAUGACCAUAACAAUUUAUUGGAACCUUCAAACUAUCAUAAGAAAUAUUACAACAAUAAGCAAUAUAAUUUAAUCAACAACAAUGUCAAUAAUAACAACAACAACAACAACAACAUUAACAAAAAAGCAAUGGAUGAUGACGAUGAUGAUAUUACAUCUUUUAUAUAA